AUGUAUCAAGACUUGAAGAAGAUAUUUUGGUGGCCGAGGAUGAAAGAAGAUGUGGCACGGUUUGUAUAUGCUUGUUUAACUUGUCAAAAAUCAAAGAUUGAACACCAGAAGCCUGCAGGGUUGAUGCAACCGUUAGAAAUUCCAGAAUGGAAGUGCGAUAGCAUUUCGAUGGAUUUUGUAACAGGGUUUCCUAAUACUGCAAGUGGACACGAUUCAAUAUGGGUGAUUGUUGAUAGGCUUACAAAAUCAGCCCAUUUCAUACCUAUUAACAUCACGUAUCCGGUGGCGAAGUUAGCCGAAAUCUACGUCCGAGUGAUUGUGAAGUUGCAUGGUGUAGUACUUGGACCGGAAAUUGUACGAGAAACCACAGAGAAGGUAAAGAUGAUUCGGGAAAAGAUGAAGGCUUCACAGAGUAGACAGAAGAGUUAUCAUGAUAAGCGAAGGAAGGAGUUAGAAUUUGAAUCAGGUGACCAUGUGUUUCUAAGAGUCAUGCCUGUGACUGGUGUUGGUCAUGCCCUGAAGUCAAAGAAGCUGACUCCACGACUUAUCGGUCCUUAUCAGAUUUCAGAGAGGGUUGGUACUGUCGCUUAUAGGGUGGCGUUGCCGCCUAACCUAUCAAAUCUGCAUGAUGUGUUUCAUGUGUCGCAACUUCGGAAGUAUGUCCCGGACCCAUCUCACGUGAUUCACAUGGAUGAUGUGCAAGUGAGAGAGAAUUUUACAGUAGAGACGAUGCCGAUUCGGAUCACGGAUCGUGAGAUAAAGUCCCUUAGAGGUAAAGAUAUCCCGUUGGUGAAAGUAGUAUGGACAGGGACUACCGGAGAAAGCAUGACGUGGGAAAUGGAGAGCAAGAUGCGGGACUCCUAUCCCGAGUUGUUUGAACGAGUUUAG